UAUGCUUCAUUGAAUAUUCUUAUAUAAAAGUUUUUAUAUAGCGUUAGUAAAUCAGAGAGGAGGAACAAACUUAAGUCCUUAUUUUGUGGCUUUUUAUGAAAGUGAAUUACAAAGUUUAUGGUUAUCUCUGGAGUUCCCUUUCAUGAGAAAUGCACUUAUUUUAAAGAGCUAUAAAGAAAACAAACAAACAAACAAAAACGCUUUUUUUCUCCUCCUUUGUGAGAUGAUGUCAUAGGUACUUGGAUAGGGACAAAAUUAGUUCUAUUUUUUUUCUUAUACUCAAGGCUAAUCUAAAGAAAGCCAGAAAAACGUGCGUAUUGUAUAGAAAAAUAAGUCCAUUGUUUUCAUUUUAAAGCCAUACAGCAUUCUACAAAAAUAAGACUGUGAAUCAUUCAAUAGAGUCUGAGUGCUUAUUAUAUGCCAGGCACUGUGCUAGGGAUAAAGAUGUAAAAUGUUAGUACAGUCUCUGUCUUCAAAAGUAGCUGUAGAAAAUAGGAUUCUCAAAGAUAAAUGAUGAAAAUGUCCAUAUUUUGACCAAUUUUAAGAUUACCUAGCUAACGUGAAACUUAGAAAAUGGAAAGAAUGCUUAUUAUAUGUAUUCUGGCUCACAAAUUCUAGUAUAUAAAUAAUUACUGAUUUUUAGUGCUACCUUAGACUUGAUAAUGUAUGCUUAUUUGUUUUUCUGGUUGUUCUAAAAUGUUUUAAUCCUGAUUCUACCUCUUAGUAGCUAUGUAGCCUUGCGUAAAUUAACUAAAAUAGCUCAACUCCCUACCCCCAACCCAUUUUACCCAGUUCCUUUAUUAUGAAUAUAAUAAUAACAAAGCAAUAAGCAUAGUACUUAACCAUUAUGCCACCAGGGUUUCCACUUAGUCCUUAGUAACUGCUAAAGUUGGAGUGCAAAAGAUGAAUGUGCUUGGCUGCUAAUGGAAAGCUUCUGCAGUUCCAUUCCACCCAGAGGUGCCUCAGAACAAAGGCUUGGUGAUCUGCUUCCAAAAAAUCAGCCAAUGGAAACCCUAUGGAGCACAGUUCUGCUCUGGCACACAUGGAGUUGCCAUGAGUUGGAAUUGAGUCUGUAGCAACUGGUUGCUGGUUAAGUGCUAAGGAAAGAGAAAAAAUACAUUGACCGGUGCUGGAAAGAUGUUACUGUUGGGGACUUUAUUCGUCUCUCCUGCAACGAGGUCAUUCCUGCAGAUAUGGUCUUACUCUUUUCCACUGAUCCGGAUGGAAUCUGCCACAUUGAGACUUCUGGUCUUGAUGGAGAGAGCAAUUUAAAGCAGAGGCAGGUGGCUCGGGGAUAUACAGAGCAGGACUCUGAAGUUGAUCCUGAGAAGUUCUCCAGUAGGAUAGAAUGUGAAAGUCCAAACAACGACCUCAACAGAUUCCGAGGCUUUCUAGAACAUUCCAACAAAAAACGUGUGGGCCUCAGUAAAGAAAAUUUACUACUUAGAGGAUGCACCAUUAGAAACACAGAGGCUGUCGUGGGCAUUGUGGUUUAUGCAGGUCAUGAAACCAAAGCAAUGCUGAAUAACAGCGGGCCGCGGUAUAAGCGCAGUAAAUUAGAAAGAAGAGCAAAUACAGAUGUCCUCUGGUGUGUCCUGCUUCUAAUUAUUAUGUGUUUUACUGGUGCAUUGGGUCAUGAAAUCUGGUUGAGCAGGUAUGAAGAUGUACCCUUCUUUAAUAUCCCUGAGCCUGAUGGACGUCUCACCUCACCCCUGUUGGCAGGAUUCUAUAUGUUCUGGACCAUGAUCAUUUUGUUACAGGUCCUGAUUCCCAUUUCUCUCUAUGUUUCCAUUGAAAUUGUCAAGCUUGGCCAAAUAUAUUUUAUUCAGAAUGAUGUGGACUUCUACAAUGAGAAAAUGGAUUCUACUGUUCAAUGUCGAGCCCUGAACAUUACUGAGGAUCUUGGUCAGAUUCAGUACCUGUUUUCUGACAAGACAGGAACCCUCACAGAGAAUAAGAUGGUUUUUCGAAGAUGUAGCGUGGCAGGCUUUGAUUACAGCCAUAAAGAAAAUGCCAAGAGGUUAGAGUCCUAUCAGGAGGCUGUCUCUGAAGAUGAGGAUUUUGCAGACACCCCCAGUGGCUCUCCAAGCGACAUGGCGAAACCGAAGGCCCACAGCUGCAGGACGGCUCAUAAUGGGCCUUUGGGAAGUAAACCCUUGAAUCAUCUUUCUGGAAGCUCUUUUGCUCUCGGAAAUGGAGAAGGAGCCAGUGAAGUGCCUCAUUCCAGACAGACUGCUUUCAGUAGCCCCAUUGAAACAGAUGUGGUACCAGACACAAGGCUUUUGGAGAAGUUUAGUCAGAUAACACCUCAGCUCUUCACCCCACCAGAUGAGAUGGCCCACAGUCUACCACUGGAGACUUUGUGUAUUAUGGACUUCUUCAUUGCAUUGGCAAUUUGCAACACAGUAGUGGUUUCUGCUCCUAACCAACCACGACAGAAGGUAAGACUCUCAUCACUGACUGGAAUGCCCAUCAAGUCCUUGGAAGAGAUUAAAAACCUCUUCCAGCGAUUGUCUGUCCGAAGAUCAAGUUCACCAUCUCUUGCCAGUGGGAAGGAACCGUCUUCUGGAGUGCCAAAUGCCUUUGUGAACAGACUCUCUCUCUUUAGUCGAAUAAAACUGGCUUCACCUGUGGAGGAAGAAGGCUCCCAGAUGAGUGAGAGCCCCCAGGGGUCUAGUAACUCAACUUGCCAUGAAGAAACAGAGAAGCAAAACAGUGGCGCAGGCGUCACCAAUGGCAAGGUGGACUCCCUCCCUGGACAGCCCUUGGCCUCAGACCUGUGUUAUGAGGCCGAGAGCCCAGAUGAAGCAGCCUUAGUGUAUGCUGCCAGAGCUUACCAAUGCACUUUACAGUCCAGGACUCCAGAGCAGGUCAUGGUGGACUUUGCUGCUUUGGGACCAUUAACAUUUCAACUCCUGCACAUCCUGCCCUUUGACUCAGUAAGAAAAAGAAUGUCUGUUGUGGUCCGGCACCCCCUUUCCAACCAAGUUGUGGUGUAUACCAAGGGUGCUGAUUCUGUGAUUAUGGAGUUGCUCUCUGUGGCUUCACCAGAUGGAACAAGUCUGGAAAAGCAACAGAUGAUAAGGGAGAAAACUCAGAAACACUUGGAUGACUAUGCCAAACGAGGCCUCCGCACUUUAUGUAUAGCAAAGAAGGUCAUGAGUGACACUGAAUAUGCAGAGUGGCUGAAGAAUCACUUUUUAGCUGAAACCAGCAUUGACAACAGGGAAGAAUUACUAUUUGAAUCUGCCAUGAGGUUAGAGAACAAACUAACCCUACUUGGUGCUACUGGCAUUGAAGACCGCCUGCAGGAGGGAGUCCCUGAGUCUAUAGAAGCCCUUCAAAAAGCUGGCAUCAAGAUCUGGAUGCUGACAGGGGACAAGCAGGAGACAGCUGUCAACAUAGCUUAUGCGUGCAAACUUCUGGAGCCAGAUGACAAGCUCUUUAUCCUCAAUACUCAGAGUAAAGAUGCCUGUGAGAUGCUGAUGAGUACAAUUUUGAAAGAACUUCAGAAGAAUAAUCGUGCUUCUCCAGAGCAAGUACCAUUAAGUGAGAAUUUACACCAGCCUCCUGUCCCCCAGGACUUGGGGCUCCGGGCUGGGCUUGUUAUCACUGGGAAGACCCUGGAGUUUGCCCUGCAAGAAAGUCUUCAAAGGCAGUUCCUUGAAUUGACUGCUUGGUGUCGAGCUGUGGUCUGCUGCCGAGCCACUCCCCUGCAGAAAAGCGAGGUGGUAAAAUUGGUACGCAACCAUCUCCGAGUGAUGACCUUGGCUAUUGGUGACGGUGCCAAUGAUGUUAGUAUGAUACAAGUGGCAGACGUUGGAAUAGGGAUCUCAGGUCAAGAAGGCAUGCAGGCUGUGAUGGCCAGUGACUUUGCCAUUUCUCAGUUCAGACAUCUCAGCAAGCUCCUACUUGUCCAUGGGCACUGGUGUUACACGCGACUUUCCAACAUGAUCCUGUAUUUUUUCUACAAGAAUGUGGCCUAUGUGAACCUCCUUUUCUGGUACCAGUUCUUCUGUGGGUUCUCAGGAACAUCCAUGACUGACUAUUGGGUUUUGAUCUUCUUCAACCUCCUCUUCACCUCUGCCCCUCCUGUCAUUUACGGUGUUUUGGAGAAAGACGUGUCUGCAGAGACACUCAUCCAGCUGCCUGAACUUUACACAAGCGGUCAGAAGUCAGAGGCAUAUUUACCCCUGACCUUCUGGAUCACCUUGUUGGAUGCCUUUUAUCAAAGUCUGGUCUGCUUCUUUGUGCCUUACUAUACCUACCAGGGCUCAGACAUUGACAUCUUUACAUUUGGAAACCCUCUGAACACAGCUGCUCUUUUCAUCAUUCUACUCCAUCUGGUCAUUGAAAGCAAGAGUUUGACUUGGAUCCACAUGGUGGUUAUCAUUGGUAGCAUCUUGUCUUAUUUUCUCUUUGCCUUGGCUUUUGGAGCCACGUGUAUAACUUGCAACCCACCAUCCAACCCCUACUGGAUUAUGCAGGAGCAUCUGCUGGAUCCAAUGUUCUAUUUAGUUUGUGUCCUCACAACCUGCAUUGCACUUCUACCCAGGUUUAUGUACCGAGUUUUUCAGGAAUCACUGUUUCCAUCUCCAAUUCUGAGAGCUAAACACCUUGACAGACUGACUCCAGAGGAAAAGACUGAAGCUCUCAAGAAGUGGAAAAAAACUGGAAAGAUGGAUCAAGCAAUGUCUAAGUAUGCUGGCUACUCAGCUGCCACGUCAGGGAGAAGACCCAUGUCUGGCCAUUCCACUGUCUCUGCAAUGAUGUUAGCAACUUCUUAUGCUAUUGAGCAAGGAAACGUAUCUGUAUGUGAAACUGUUUUUGACUCAGACAUGCCUCAGACCUCAGGAGUGGCUGGACCACCAAAGGAUUAAGAAUAUAGGGUGGCCUACUGGGAGUUGCAAGUAUUCCUUCAAGUUUGGAGGAAGGACUUUGAGGAGGCACCACUACCAAGCAAGGAUAACUUGGAUUUUACCUUAAGGACAUGAACAUUUUAAUAGGCUUGAAAAAGUCAUCAUGUUGGCCUUCAUUGUACGUUUGUAGAUAACAUUUGUAAAAGAGAAAUAGAGUUUGAUGUGGACAGAUUUUUAGGAAGUGAAAUAUUUCAUUUAGAAUCAAAUGCUUUUAUGAAACUUUUUGGAUUUUGUAAAAGUAUUUUAAUUGUCUUAGAAAUUCAAAUCCUGGUAUUUUAAAGGGGGGGAGCUCAUUUGAGAUAUAUUUAUUUUAAUGGGAAAUCAUUUCAGAUUCUUGAGUUCUUUAUAUGAGCAAGCGCCAAUCUUUUUUUUUUUUUUUUUUUUGAUUAAGAAAAAAAGUUUUUAAAUUGAUUGGUUAGAACUCAGAGGAGUUUUCCAUAUGGAAAAUGUUAUUAAUGGUUACUUUCCAGAUAAAUUCUCAAGAGCCUUUUUAAACAACAGUGUACCUAAAAUAGGGUAAUAAUUGUACUAUUUAAAAUACAGUUAGUGAUCAUUAAUAGCUUUUUAUUUCCUUUGAGAAGAUGCCUUUGGUCUUCUGAUAGAAGACUGGAGGCAUAUCUCUGGGUUCACAUCAGUGUUCUGAGCCAGAGCCUUUGUCAGGAAGGGGCAGAGGGAUGCCAGGAUACCAUCAGGUACCAAGAAUGUGUUCUUCUGUCUCUCAUUCCAAUCAAGAGAAGACCGCUCAUGUGGCCUACCUCUGCACAGAUGUUCUGAAUUGGGAACAGAAGUCAUAGGUCAGGCAGACAGAAUCAGCUGAGCCUACAGCCCAUUUGAAAAUUUCCUGUAUUCUAAAACUGACAAUACCCACCCCCCUGCCCUCAGUUGCCAUCAAGUUGAUUCCGACUCAUAGCAACCAUACACGGUCCCUGGUAGUGCAAAAGAUUUGUGUUCAACUACAACCAAAAGGUUGGUGGUUCAAAAUCACCCAGAGGCAUCAUGGAAGAAAGGCCUGGUGAUCUACUUUCAUAGGACUACAGCCACUGAAAACCCUAUGGAGCACAGCUCUGCUCUGAAGCUCACGGAGUCACCAUGAAAACUGACAAUAACCUGAUCAGAAUGAGACAAUCAAUAAUGACAAUAACCCGAUCAAAAUGAGACAAUCAAUAUCAAAACAAUCUUCUUCAAAAGUCCAUUUGAGAGAGCAUACUCUUUACCCUGCCCUACAACUUUUCUGGUGUCGUAGCCUCUGCAAAUGAGCUUUUAUGAACUGAAACUAAUAACAGGUUUUUCUCAGGAAGUUUCCGCGAGGUUCUUAGAAAAAUUUAUUUUUUUAAUACGUUUUAGGAAUAUCUGUAAAUUUACUGUUGCAAAUCACGUAUGCUGGCUUUAGUUGGAACAAAGAAACUAGUUUGUACCAAAUAAGGCUAAAAAAAAAAAAAAGUAUUCUUGUUGAGUUCAUUUUAAAUUCUCUCCCUUUCCAUCUGAAAAUUGUCAGCCACCAAUCACCCAAAAUUUCCUUCAUGAAUCUCCAUGCUAAUGUCCCAUGUCUCCAUCAAGCUCUUCUUAACGACUAUCCAUCUUGUAUUCUCAGGGCUUAAACUUCUAGCUACUGCUUACUGUCCUGGUCUGAUUUUUUUGUAGCCUUCUGAUAUUAUUACAAAUAGUCUAUAUAAAAAAAUCUCAAGAACUUUUGAAAUCUCGCAUAGCUAAUGGAAGUUGUUCUCUGCUUCCUUAUGAUUUUUUAAAAAUAAACUAAUACAUAACAUGUACUGAAAAGUUGUCAUCACUCCUAUAAAUACCCACUGAACCCAACUGUAAUUGGUAACAGAACUCAGAAAGAAAGUCCCAAAGCAGGCCUUUUACCAAAAUACUGUUUGGGCUUUUUCUCUUAUGAAAAAAUCGAUGAUGUCAUAUCAUCCGUUACCCUCAUAGCAACUGGCAUUCGUUGCCUGAGAUCAUCAUCUCCUGAUAAAUAAAAAUUUGGAGAUAUAUUCACUCGUAAAUAGAGGGUUAGACCCUAUGAAUGAAAAGGAGCCAAAAAAGACUUAGAAGAAGAAAGACACAGACCAACCAAUGCCCUGAACAGAUAUGAGGUUAUUCUUUAUUUAUCCCACUGAACGUAUUCAUUUCUUUUGCUACAGAAAUAAAACGUAUUUCUGGAUGCUCCUCUAGUCCUCAUUGGUGCUACUUUUACCCCAGUCCUCAUUGGUGAUAAAGUAGGCAGUAUAAACCCAUUGCCGUCGAGCCGACUCCGACUCAGCGACCCUAUAGGACAGUAGAACUGCCCCAUAGUGAUUCCAAGGAGCGCCUGGUGGAUUCGAACUGCCGGCCCUUUGAUUAGCAGCCAUAGCACUUAACCGCUACGCCUCCAGGGUUUACGGCAGGCAGUGUAAAAAAAAAAAAAAAGUGUAGGCACUGCAUUAUUGUCUUAAAAUUCGACAAAUUGUGGAUUCUGAAAUACAUCUGGCCCCCAGGAGAAAGAGAUUUUUUGGAUUUGUAUUAAGCCUUUGAAGGGCCUCAAAACUCAUUGAUACCAAAGUACCCAAGAUGAUGAGAUUAAAUCACAUUUUGGCAUUUAGCAUAUUUCACCUAAUUUUUUGAGACAAAAACUAUAUCAUUACUCCAUUACUCCUAGUAGCCAAGGAAAAAUGAUUAACAUACAUUUUGGGAUAUAAUUUUACCACAGGAUUUAUGAAAGAUUUCAAUCUCGUUACGAAAAUGCACUCUAUACAUUAAAAAUUCAUGUGCUCUUACCAAGGCUAAAGUUCUUGUUGGACACGCAACAGGUUCUUUGAGACUACUAGCAACCUCUAAUUUCAGGCUAAUCAAAGAGCCACUAAUCAAAAGUAAGAGGGCAUGUUCCAUGGGAGUGCAGCAUAUGUCAGGCAAAUUUUGAUUGAUGGGAGACUGGGCACCAAGCAAUUAGUGGGAGAGACAAUUUCCUUGGAAUUGCUAUCUAUGCCUCAAAGCCAUCAGAAAAGAAGAUUAUACCAUUUUAUUUGCAUUAAGGAUCAUUGAAAAUAAGUACAAUAUGUACAUUUCACCGAACAUGAGCUGAGCAAGGCUAAAAGUUGUUCCAUUAAGUAUGUACCUGCAACUCUAACAAAGCUGAUAGAUGCUCUUAAGCUUCCAUACAAUUGGGACCACAGCUCAGUUGCUGAUAUUUCACACUUGCAAUAGGUUUAUACAAACUGCAGGACAGGAGAUCAAUAACAUUACCAGUUUCAAGACAAACUUUUGAACUUCAAAUAUGUGUACACAUAGAAAAGAGUACAAAAAUACAUGAAUAAAAUCGCGGAUAGUCUCUAUGUGGAAUGCUGAGGCAGUCCAGGCUGCUGGUGGAGGUUUAGUAGGGGAUCCUGCUUGGCAAAAGACAUGUGGAUGUUCCAAAUGAACGCCUGACUAAUUAAAUUAGGUAUACAUGAAGAUUUGUGUUUUGAAGCUUUUUAGUGGGGAAAAACACUUUAAUUGCUUCAGAAAUUGAUGCUUGUAAAGUGGCCUAGUGCUUAAAAGCAUUUUUAAAAUUUUGUUUUCAUUAUCAAUGAGGAGAAAUGGCAACACCAGAUGUUAAACAUCUUUUGAAGAAAAUUACAAAAUGUUUUAUUCCAUGCAAAGGUUUACAGUGCUUUGAGAGACAUUUCCAUGACUUUGGUAAUAUAGAUGAAUGGAGGAAAAUUGGAAAAUAAAAAAUGGGAGUGGGCAGCGUGAUUUAAUUCUCUAUUUAAAAAAUUGCAUCUGUUCAUUCCAGACCAAGUUCGUCUCCCUUGGCAAAGUUUAAUCUCCACUCCGUUGUCAAUAUCGUUGUAUGCCAUUGAGUCGAUUCCAACUUACAGCAAUCCUACAGGACAGAGUAGAACUGCCCCAUAGGGCUUCCUAGGCUGUAAUCUUUAUGGGAGCAGAUUGCCAGGUCUCGUCUCUCGCAGAGCUGCUGGUGGAUUUGAACCACCAUCCUUUCAGUUAGCAGCAGAGCCACUUAACCACUCCACCACGAGGGCUCAUUCCAUUAUUACAUAGGCAAAGCAAAAUAUUUCCCAUGAAUAUUGACCUAGUUAUCGAAGUCUCAAUCAGCCAACUGAUAAACACUGAACAAACCCCAGCUAUAGGGACAGUUCUAUGCAGACAUUUCUAGAAAGUAAUGGAAUUACCAUCUUGACUUAAAUCCAAAAUGGAAAGUCCUAUAGAGCCAAGUGCUAAUAUUGACGUCUCAAGACCUUUAUGCUCAGUAUGUCUCCCUAUUUCAGCUACCUACAUGGAUGCUACUGGCCUUUUGGCUUCAACUGACUUUCAUAAAUUCUCAAAAUUAUGUAAAAGUUGGAAGAAUAAUAGCAAAUAAUUUAAGCAUGUAUAACCAAAAAAAAAAAAACUAAACCCAGUGCCG